AAAGAACGUUCAAAGUAAAGAGAGAGAGAGAAGAAUAAUUAAACUAUGAUAGAUAUUCAGAAAAAGUAGAACCAUUCUCUCCCUUCUGUCAUGCACUUUGCAUCACCCCAAAAACACAAACUCUCUCUCUCUCUCUCUACACAUUAGGGUUUCUCUCUCAUCACUACACAGAUUCAGAUUCUCAUCUACUCCAUUCAUUCUCCAUUCACCAUUAUCUCAACUCGGUGAGUUAACUCACCCUUCUCUCUCUCUCUUUCCUAUUUUAACUCAAAACCCUUUUCUUCUUUUUUUGAUUUGAUAGCCCAAGUACAAAUUUCUUAUCUAUUUUAUCAGUGGUAAGUUAAAAAUUCAAUUUUUUUAAUACCCUUUUCUUGGUUGAUCACAAAAACCACAUUUUCGAUGAUUCCAAUGAAAAAUAGCCCAAAUAAGGAAAAUUAGAAAGACAAAAAACCCAUCUCAAAUAAGUUAACAAUUGUUGUUAUUUGUUUAUUUUGAGUGUUUUUAAUGGCUGAUUCUAGUUCUGGUUGUUCUGGUUCUGGUUCUGUUAGUUUGAAAAGUGAUAGUAGAAUUGAGAAUUUGAUUUUAGCUAGUAAAUCAUUGAAACUUAGUUUAGACAAAUCAAAGAGUGUUGGAUUAGCAUUAGAGAAAGCAGGGCCAAGGUUAGAUGAAAUUAGGGUAAGGUUGCCUUGGCUUGAAUCCGCGGUGAGGCCGAUUCGGGCUGAAAAGGAUGCUCUUGUGGCGGUUGGAGGCCAUAUUAAUAGGGCUGUUGGUCCUGCGGCUGCUGUUUUGAAGGUUUUCGAUGCGGUUCAUGGACUUGAGAAGUCGUUGUUGUCGGAUCCGCGGAUUGAUCUGCCGGGUUAUUUGUCGGUUUUGAAGCGUCUUGAGGAGGCAUUGAGGUUUUUGGGAGAUAAUUGUGGGUUGGCUAUUCAGUGGUUGGAUGAUAUAGUUGAGUAUUUAGAAGAUAAUUCGGUUGCAGAUCAGGUUUAUCUUAAGAAUUUGAAGAAGGAGUUGGAGAGUCUUAAGGGAUCGCAGAAUGGUGAUUUGGAUGGUGGCUUGUUAGAUGCUGCUUUGGAUAAAUUAGAGAAUGAGUUUAGGUUGCUUUUAACGGAAAACAGUGUGCCGCUUCCUAUGUUGUCGGAUUCUCUUGGUGAUCAGGCUUGCAUUGCGCCUUCACCUUUGCCUGUUUCUGUUGUUCACAAAUUGCAGGCUAUUCUUGGUAGGUUGAGAGCUAAUGAUAGACUUGACAAGUGUGUGUCGAUUUACGUCGAAGUUAGAAGUUCUAAUGUGAGGGCGAGUUUGCAGGCGCUGAAUUUGGAUUACCUUGAGAUCUCAGUUUCUGAGUUCAAUGAUGUGCAGAGCAUAGAGGUGUAUAUAGCUCAGUGGGGAAAGCAUUUGGAGUUUGCAGUGAAACAUUUGUUUGAGGCUGAGUAUAAGCUUUGUAACGAUGUGUUUGAGAGGCUUGGACGUGAUGUGUGGAUGGGUUGCUUCUCAAAGAUAGCUGCACAAGCCGGUAUACUUGCAUUUCUUCAGUUCGGUAAGACUGUUACGGAGAGUAAGAAAGAUCCCAUUAAGCUUUUGAAGUUGUUGGAUAUUUUUGCGUCGUUGAACAAAUUGAGACUGGAUUUCAACCGUCUUUUUGGGGGAGAUGCGUGCGUUGAAAUCCAAAAUUUGACAAGGGAACUUAUCAAGAGUGUGAUUGAUGGGGCUGCAGAAAUUUUCUGGGAACUUCUGGUUCAGGUAGAGUUACAGAGGCCGAACCCUCCUCCUCCAGAUGGAAGUGUCCCAAGAUUGGUGAGCUUUAUAACUGAUUACUGCAAUAAACUCUUGGGGGACGACUAUAAGCCUAUACUGACCCAAGUCCUGAUCAUUCACCGAAGUUGGAAACGUCAAAGCUUUCAGGAGAGGCUCCUCGUUAAUGAGAUUUUGAACAUAUUGAAAGCCGUGGAAUUAAAUUUGGAGACGUGGAUCAAGGCUUAUGAUGAUCCUAUGUUGUCCAACUUUUUUGCAAUGAACAAUCACUGGCAUCUUUUCAAACAUUUGAAAGGGACAAAGCUUGGGGAUCUUUUAGGUGAUUCUUGGUUAAAGGAACACGAGCAGUAUAAGGACUAUUACUCCACAAUAUUCUUGCGUGAUAGCUGGGGAAAGCUCCCUGGACAUUUGAGUAGGGAAGGGCUGAUUCUUUUCUCGGGAGGGCGUGCCACUGCUCGUGAUCUGGUCAAGAAAAGAUUGAAAAAAUUCAACGAGGUUUUUGAUGAGAUGUUUUCCAAGCAGUCAGGUUGGAUCAUGGUAGAACGAGAUCUGAGAGAGAAGACGUGUCAGCUUAUAGUGCAGGCUGUGGUGCCUGUUUACCGGAGUUACAUGCAGAAUUAUGGUCCCUUGGUUGAGCAAGAUAACAGCUCCAAUAAAUAUGCAAAAUACACAGUACAGAAGCUGGAAGAAAUGCUUUUGUGUCUUUACCGGCCGAAGCCUGCAAGACAUGGAAGCAUGAAAAUUCCGCAGCUUAGUGGAAAGUAUGGCAAUGGAAUGCCCGAUCUUCGUCGUACGGCUUCAGCAGUUGUGUAGUUUCCGAAUCCUAUAUUUAUAAAUGUCAAACAGCAACGAUAAUCGAUUCCCCUCAUCAGAUGGAUGGCUACUGUAUAUAAUUUUUCAUUGGAGCUUUGCGGUGCAUGAGAUAGGUUUUGCUUAGAUUCUAAGGAGGAAGUUUCUGAGUAGUUCUAUUCAAAUAUCUGAUGUAUUUCCAUGAAAAUGAAGUUUUGUAUCCCCCUCUAACAGGGGUUUAUGUAAAAGAUGUGCAAUCUCUAAGUGUACCAUAGGUUAUGAUCCUUGGUCAAUAAGUAUGGACCUUCCAAUGAGGUCCUUUGGUCAUACUCCUUGCUAAGGUAAUUAAUUAUUUUUUUCCAUUUUCAUCAUUAAUUAUUCAGUUUGUAGCAGGAUCGUUGUAAUAUGCAGAAUUAAUGUACAAUUUUUUAGUAUACAUGAAUUUAGUUUAUAAGCUUA